GAAUCCUGGAGUUCUUCCAUCACCAGCUCAAGGAUAUAAUUGAAUAUGCUGAGCUGAAGACAGACGUCUUCCAGAGUUUAAGGGAGGUGGGAAACGCCAUCCUCUUCUGCCUGCUCAUUGAGCAAGCUUUGUCCCAGGAGGAGGUGUGUGACCUGCUCCAUGCCGCCCCCUUCCAGAACAUUCUGCCCAGAGUCUACAUCAAAGAGGGAGAGCGUCUGGAGGUGAGGAUGAAGAGGCUGGAAGCAAAGUACGCCCCUCUUCACCUCGUGCCUCUGAUCGAGAGGUUGGGAACCCCACAACAAAUUGCCAUUGCCCGGGAGGGGGACCUGCUGACCAAAGAGCGUCUGUGCUGCGGCCUUUCCAUGUUUGAGGUCAUUCUAACACGCAUCCGCAGCUUCCUGCAYGACGGGGUGUGGCGUGGACCUCCGCCCACUAACGGGGUGAUGCACGUUGACGAGUGCAUGGAGUUCCACCGCCUGUGGAGCGCCAUGCAGUUUGUCUACUGCAUUCCUGUAGGAACACACGAGUUCACAGCAGAGCAGUGUUUUGGAGAUGGGCUGAACUGGGCGGGCUGUGCCAUCAUCGUGCUGCUCGGACAGCAGCGUCGCUUCGACCUCUUUGACUUUUGCUACCACCUGCUCAAAGUGCAACGGCAGGACGGCAAGGACGAGAUCAUCAAAAAUGUGCCACUGAAGAAAAUGGCAGACCGCAUCAGGAAGUACCAGAUCCUCAACAAUGAGAUAUUUGCCAUCCUCAAUAAGUACAUGAAGGCAGUGGAGACAGACAGUUCCACUGUGGAGCAUGUGCGCUGUUUCCAGCCUCCUAUACACCAAUCCCUUGCUACGACUUGCUGAAACAAAGCCUUGACAGUGUACACACACACACACACACACACACACA